AUGGGGACCGCAAAUGAUGCACCUGGCAUCACGUCUCUGUCUCAGUUGGCCGGCGAUCUUCGUGACGUCUUGAAAGCAUUGUCUAUCGAGAAGAUCGAUGUGAUGGGCGUUUCCUUCAACGGUGGAAUCAUUCAGCUAUUUGCCCUCGCCUAUCCAGAGCUUGUAGGUUCAGCGGCUUUCGUUGCCACCACCGCGACUGGAAGUCCACUCAUGGCAGACCGUGCCGCUCUCGCAGAAAAGAAUGGCUUGGAAUCCUUGGUCGAGCCCACGCGUUCGCGCGGGUUCUCCCAGACGACCAAAUUCGAUGAUCUCGUCCAGAUCCCGCCUCAUGGGUUCACAAACAACCUAAUAACUUCCAAAGACCUCGAGGACCGCAUAAAUGAGAAAUUUUCAAACAAGGUUGUGCAGAAAGUCGGACUGUGUAUCUGCAUGUAUGACCUCCUCAAGGCCUCGGACGGAUUGAUCGGCACGGGCACGGGCAACGCAAACGUGAACGUCACUUUCCGAAUGAUCGUUUUCAGACCGUUCAAGGGCGAAAUCAUUACGGGCACCGUCCAGAAAUGCACACCGACGGGCAUUCGAAUUACCACGCAGUUCUUCGAUGACAUUUUCGUCCCACAGACGAUGCUAUUUGAAGGUUGCGAAUUCGAUGAAGCAGAAAAGACUUGGGUUUGGAGGACAGAAGAAUCUGAACUCUGGUUUGAUGAAGGUACUGUCGUGAAUCUACGGAUCGAGGCCGAGAAAUGGCAUGACCAAGCACCAAAAGGUCCCAACGAGGUCGAGAAGGAAGGUGAACGUAAAGUACCAUACGCAAUUGAGGCGUCAAUGGCUGAGGCUGGUCUGGGAGGAGUUGAAUGGUGGAAGGUUGACCAACACUUGAACCCAGACGAUCUCCUUGACGCCAUAAAUGAGCAACUUUAUGCCAAGGACAUCACUACGCCGACUGCAUAUCACUCAACAGAGACAUCUCAGUCCAAAUCACAAUUGCCAUGGACACAAAAGAGGAGUCGAGAGAAAUUGGCAAAGGAGCCCGAUCUUGCAGAUUUUGACAAAGCCGCGUAUAAGCGGCAGAUGGCCAUGCCUCAUCCUGGUUGCAUUCGAGGCCGUUACUCUGAGCUAUGGAGUACGAAGAGCAGAAUACCACUGGCGAGUCUGCAAAAUGGUUUGUCAUCUUCGGGCACCACAAACGCGCCUAGGGUGAUUUAG